GGGGCGGGGCCGGCAGCUCUUGACUUUCGUCACUUCCGGUUCUCUGUCAGUUGCAAGCGAGCGAGCAGAAAGCUGUUCGGCAGCAAGAGCGGAGCAAUGCCUAAGUCAAAGGAACUUGUUUCUUCAAGCUCUUCUGGCAGUGAUUCUGACAGUGAAGUUGACAAAAAGGUAAAGCGGAAAAAGCAGGUUCCCCCAGAAAAACCUGUAAAGAAGCAGAAGACCGGUGAGACUUCGAGAGCGCUGUCGUCCUCUAAGCAGAGCAGCAGCAGCAGAGAUGAUAACAUGUUUCAGAUUGGGAAAAUGAGGUAUGUCAGCGUUCGAGACUUUAAAGGGAAAGUCCUAAUUGAUAUUAGAGAAUAUUGGAUGGAUCCAGAAGGUGAAAUGAAACCAGGAAGAAAAGGUAUUUCUUUAAAUCCUGAGCAGUGGAGCCAGCUGAAGGAACAGAUUUCUGACAUUGACGAUGCAGUAAGAAAACUGUAAAAUCAGAGCCAUAUAAACCUGUACUGUUCUCGUUGUUUUAAUCUGUCUUUUUACAUUGGCUUUUGUUUUCUAAAUGUUGUUUUCCAAGCUGUUGUAUAUUUGGAUUGCAGAACAAUUUGUAAGAUGAAUACUUUUUUUUUUAAUGUGCAUUAUUAAAAUGUUCUGAGUGAAGCUAAUUGUCAACUUUAUUAAGGAGGAUUGCUUUGUGCCCGUCACCUAGUGUAAAAUAAAAUCAAGUAAUACAAUCUUAACUGUUGUGGCCUUUUUUGAUCAAAAGAGUUGGUACUAUUUAAGGCCAAAAGUAACAGUUUAUAGACCUGUUAGUUUCAACUUGGCUUUUACAUUCAAAAGGAUUUGUAUUGCAUUGAAUUUAUAAACUCUGACUUGUGAAAUCCAUAGUUGAUCUGUUUUCUUCCAGCCCAAUGUCUAGACUUGUUGUGUUUUUCCACCCCUGUGAUAACUUCACUUUCCCCUUUUUUUACUUCAUUUUCUUUUAGUAACGUAACUUGUCAUGUUCAGUUUUCAUUUCAUGUUUUGCUCUUUUUCUUGAAUAUAUUAUACUAAUUUGGAAAGUCAGUGAAACUGUCAAAAUGUCAGUUAUCUCAAUAAGGUACUUGUAAUUAAAAUAUUAUAUGAGAGCUACAAUCACUAAUUCUACUGUAUUAAAUAUUAGGAGAUAUAGUUUGAUUAAAAAAAAACAUGGCUUGUAUGAAAACUGAACAAGUAAGUGUAUGUCGUUACCGUAAUGUUCUGUGUAGUUACCUUAUUGCUUAGUCUGUAGAGAAUAAUGACUUAGAUGUUUGAUUUGCUUUCACUUAAUACACACGUUCACCGUGGGAUGAUGUCUAUAAAAUCAGAUACUGUUAGAUUAGAUUAGGAUUUAAUAAAAAUUGUGAAAGCUUAUUGGCCUAACAUUUUAUUUUACAACGUGGCCAGAGAUCUCACUGAGCUUUAUAGUCAUGGUAAUGUGGUCGGUUUUGGAGGAAAGAGCAGACAGAGGAUAUUCUUACUGGCCUUUUUCUUAGUAGGCUUGGCUCUUUUGCAGUUUUAUCUCCUGGACCAGUAGUAUCCUAGACUUACUGUUACUGAGUGUUAUCAGGUACUCUGAGGUGAUUUUCGCUGACCCACAGUGAUGAAGCAGACCCAGAUUGAGGUGCAGAUUUCAGGGGCUUGGCAGCAGUAAAUAGAGCCUGGUGUGCCUUCGGAAAAGAGUGUAAGGGAACUAGAACUGCGAUUGGAGAGGGAGGCAGCGAAGAGGAAGGAAUUCUCUUCACACGACGUGGUAUCACGUGAUGUUUUGAUCACAUUGAUAGGACACAGUUCUAAAUGGAAUAGUGAAAGAAAUAUUUAAAGACCUAUGAAAAAUUCUUGUUAACAAAUUAGGUAUUUUUGGUAGCUAAUCUUAAAUGGUUUACUGCCAUAUCAGAGAGUUGCACUAUUAUAUCAAGUUUGAUUACUGCAUCUAAAAACAUUUUAUAGUAGAAUUGUCAAGGACUUGAUUUUGAACGUGGCUGCCAAGACACAUACAGUUACUAAAUUUUUUUCUGGCAGCUGGUCUAAGUAUGUUUUUACAUUUUUUUAGAUGGUUUUUGUAGUGUUUUUAGCAGUAACUCUAAUAGGUGCAUAAUUGGGGAAAUAAAUCCUCCCUUCUGGUAUUUUAGCCUCCAAAUAAUAGGCACCAAAAGUGUGUUCAAAAUGAUGUUUUAGACAAAUCAUACUCGAUUGAUAACUUGCCCCUUAUUUGGGAGUGUAAAUAUGUUCUGUUAACUUAGUUGGGUGAAUUUGUACAGCAUUCCUUACUGGGUAUACAGCAAGGGUGGUUAGAACACAGAAUUUUGACUUUGGUUUAGUUGAAGGAGUAAAGGGUAGAUUUCCUAGGUGUGUAUGAAUUCAGGGUGCGUGUGCAUUUUGAAGCAGUCUGCUAACCAAGGUGGCGCUGAGGUCUACUACCUGGGCAUUUUUCGCCCUGUAGCAUUAGGUCACUGGAACCUUCCUGUAAGGAGAGUUUCCCUGGCAGAAUUUGAUAGCUGGACUGCUAACUUCAUGUAAAUCUAUUACUGGAUAUGCAAUACCCAGAAAUUCUUUGUCUUUUCUUUUGGGUGCAGGCAACGAUGAGAACUGGGUUUAAAAGAGACUUAGAAGCUAGGGGACUGAUAUUUUCUGUUUAAACUUACCUUCCUGGUCAGAUUUCUUCUGACCAAGAAAGCUUGGCAUUUUGAGGCAGCAGUUUCUUACUUGGUGAUGCCAGAAUGGAUAAAAUUAAUUCCAGAUCCGAAGUAGUGGUAGCAGGAUGUUUCUAAUGGGGUUUUUCCUUCUUUGUCUUUUAAAGUAUGAGUAGCGUUUGACCAAUUUCCAGUGCCCUUCGCAUUUUAAAGAACAACCACUACGAAAGAUAAACUCUUAAUAAUUAUAUUAUUCUCUUUUGCUUUAUAAAUGCUUUUGAAGAAACUCCUACCUCAUUAGCUAGUCAAAUUGCUGUGGUGAUGUGCCUAUUUCUACAUAGGAAAAAAAAAGACGUAGGAAACAAAGUAUGUACAUCCUGGCUUGGCUAUUGAGGGGAAAAGAGAAAGAAUUGGAUGUUACUUAAGUGUUUCUGACUGAGUUAUGUCAGAAGAGCACUAUACAAGUUUGAAAAUUUAGAAAAGCACUGGCGAAUAUUUAGGCAUCUCCUGAAAUUCUUUGCUAUUUACUUUUUAUGGAAAUUAAUCCAGUGAAGAGACUUUUUCUUCCCCCAAGUGAUAUUUUCCAGAUAAAGUCUAGGGGUAAAACAUUCACAUAGUCACAAAUAUGUAAUUUUGUAAUUGUGGAAUAACCUGUAUGCUUUGGUACAUCUUCCAUGGAGAUGUCAAUGAAUCUAAUACUCCAUCUGUGAAUAUUUUAAAUGUUGAAAUAAAAAUAAGAAAUGUG